AGGUCGUUCUAGAGGUCGCUCUAGACGACGUUCUCGACGUCGUCCUAAACGUCGUACCAUUUCCUUUCCAAACUAUUUUCACUCUUCGAUGCUUCUUAAAGCUAGCGCAUUUCAUCGCGUGUUAUCAAAUGAACAAAGAUGAAACUUUUUUUUCAAAUACAUUCCCAUUAACUAAUUGACUAGCGAAUUCGAUCGCAGCACGAAGAACUUUCUUCAACCCCAAGUUCCGACCGCCUCAAAAACGGUCGACGACGCUGCAAGCGCCACCGCCAGCGCUCGGCGGCCGCCGGCAACGCCAACCUGCACGGGCGCGGGACAUUCGGAGUCCCACGCUAAUCGGCGCCGCUAAUCGUCGCAAGGAGGAUGUAACGCGCGACGUUGCGAGGCCACUUCACAGAAGCCGCCGCUGGCGCGAACGCUUAUCUUGGUCGCAUGAACAAAGGAUCUGGUGACCAGCUCGGCCAAGUCGACACUCGACUGCGGGCACCGACGGUAGCAAGUACGUCGGCGACUUCGUUGUGGUCCGGCGCCGUCAAACAAGCAUGACUCGACGCGACGAGCUUCUGGGCUUCUUCCUCGUCACGCUAUUCGUGGCUGUCUACGGACAGCGUCCCGUCGAACAAGACCGCUGGGGCGUCUACAUUUCGGUGUCCUCUGUGGUGGAAAGAAGGCAGCUGCGGCUGCUUGAACUCAACUGGUACAACGUGCCACACGACAUAUGGCGGGAGGCCUACAUCUUCUUGAUCGACCGAGACCCUAGAGAGACACCCUGGACGGUCCUUGAGUCACACCAGGUCACUGGCCCCAGCGGAACCCAAAAGACAUCUGUGGUCUUCCCCAGGUUCAAUUGGGCCAAUCUGACAACGGACGCUUGCCUGGGGUUUUGGGUGGUCUUAUCAAACCGUCCAAACCAAGUUCCGUUGGCGAGCUCGUGCAUCAGGGCGCGACCCCACUGGAUGCAGCAACACUGCCAAAAGCUGGGCCAUCUAAGCUUUUCCCAGCUCUUUAUACCAGGAACGCACAAUUCGGCCAUGUACGACGUUAGCUCCCCGGAGAGCGUCUCCUUGGUAGAUCACUUUCUGUUUAACCAGGAGGAACCCAUCAUCAAUCAGCUGUACUAUGGCAUCAGGUCAUUAGAUCUCAGGGUUCAAGAGAAACGCGGCGAGUUUUGGAUCACCCACGACCUGGUGCGAGGGCAGGUCACAGUUCGAGAGGUGCUUCAGCAGGUGCGACAGUUUGUGGAAGCCACGGGAGAGCCUGUCCUCCUAGACUUUCAUCGAUUUACGACUGGCUUCAGUAGUAAAAACAAUAACAGCGUGGAGAAUCAUCAAAAACUAGUGACUCUUAUCACGCAGGAGCUGGGAGAUUUUCUGCUCGAACGUGACGGCACAGCAGUUAAGCUGGCUGACAUCUUAGGUCAGUGUCAACCGGUCAACCGGGGUGCUCGCAGGAGGCGGACUGUCAUCGUAUGCUACAACGCUCCGUACUUUGGGCAGGGGUCAUACUACCUAAGCCCUGGUGUCAGACAGCUCUGGGCGAACGCGGUCAACUUGACGUCUCUGCGGUCCUAUUUAGAGAACCGCGUGUGCGAGCCAUCAUUCGGCAUUGCCACGUCAUCGAUGGUGCAGAUGACGGCUCGGUUUCCGCGGAACCUCGUGAGCAACCGCAAGCUGGCACAGCAGGUCAACUUUCCUGCCACCGGCUGGUUUAGAGACACCUGGUGGCAGUGUGCGAACCUAGUGGCGAUGGAUUUCUUUUUGGGCAGCAAUAUAAUCAAUGUUGCCAUCGAUGCUAACCUUAGGAGAACAAUGUGACCGAUGGUUUUAAUGAACACACUAAGAUGUUUUCAUCUCUCCGUGAACAGAACAGUUUUGGAAUAUUUCCUUUGUGAAAAUCGGCAGAACGUGAUCAUUUUCAAUGCUAUUAAAAACAACAUUACGUUGCA